AUGGCGAAGCAAGCGGCCAAGAGGGCAAAUAUUCGCCUCCCACCUGAAGUAAAUUGGAUUUUGUAUAUAAGGAACUUGCCACACAAAAUCACAGUGGAAGAAAUGUGUGAUAUAUUUGGGAAAUAUGGGUCUAUUUGUCAAAUCAGAGUAGGGAAUACACCUGAGACCAGAGGAACAGCCGAUGUGGUCUACGAAGACAUCUUUGAUGCUAAGAAUGCAUGCGACCAUCUAUCCGGGUUCAACAUGUGUAACAGAUACCUCGUGGUGUAUUAUAAUGCUAACCGGGCAUUUCAGAAGAUGGACACCAAGAAGAAGGAGGAGCAGCUGAAACUUCUCAAGGAGAAGUAUGGCAUCAACACAACCCCCGCCCCCCCAAAUGAGCUUGGGGACUUCACUCUGAAGACGUCCAUGCAGGGUCCCCAGUCACCAUUUUCUUCUUAG